CGUAUGCUACUCAUUUUUCACAUUUUCGCUCAAUUUGCUUUACGUAAUAGACCCCCUGGUUAUAGUAAUCCUUUCCUCUCUAGUUAAACGAUUGGUCCAUGGUAAAUGUUAAGUUAGGUUAUGUUGGUACCUGUUUUGUUAUGUUCGCUAUCGUUGAUAUAAACAAAAUCGAUAAUUCUAAAAUCGUGAAGAUCCCCAUUUUUAAUGCAACAUGAAAAAUGGUAAAUAAAUGUUGCAUUAAAUCAUGUAAAACGGAAUGGUGCCCGACUAGAAACGUAACAUUUCACAGGGUUCCGUUAAAAAAUCCAAAGUUACUUGAAUCGUGGAUUCAGGCAAUUCCUGAGGAAAUAAAGAUUACAAAGUAUGCGACGGUUUGCAGCCAGCAUUUUACUUCCGACUCCUUCGAGGAGCAUACGAUGUUUAAAACCCGACUGAAACGUAAUGCCGUUCCGUCCGUUUUUGGAGAAUCUGUUAUAUCGCAGGGCCCACGCAUGCAUUGCACAUAUUCAUUGGCCGACGAGCACAAUUAUGGCAGCAUUUGCAAAGUCGCAGUGUUUAACAAGGCUGUGAAUUCUUCGUUUUGCCUGAACGAAACGAGUACAUUAGAAGUACUCGAACCAGAAGAGGUUACGUGCGAUGCAUGUGGACAAAUAUUGUCGCACACUGUGAAUACCAUCGAGGAGAGACCAAAAGUUCGAAUGAAAGAUGUGGCGGUGGAAACCUUGCGACGUCUGUCAGGUCCUUCGGAGGAAGAACUGAAGUUGCGAAGAAAAGUUUGUUGUCUUCAGAGGAAGGUCAGUCGACAGAGGGAGAGAAUAACUACGUUAGCAGAAAUGCUACGCACAUUGAAGAAGAGUUACACACGGAAGGCCAACAUGGAGAAAGUGUUAAACAAACUAAUGAAAAAGAUCUAACGCUUCUCUUAUAAUCAAAAUGUGAAGUUGAGAUAAAAUAUGUAUAUUAGACGAAUCGAAGGAUAUUUUUUCUCUGCUGUGACUUGUACGAUAAUAUUCUUAUAUUCUUUCGUUACGCUUGAAUGUUAUGAUUACCAAAAACCUAUUAUAACUUAACGUGAAUUUAUAUAUAUAUAUAUAUAUAUUACAAUUAUCUUCUGCUGGUCGAUGAAGUUUCUCGACGUGUUUCGCUUAACCUUAAAAGUUGUAUAUGAAAUUGUCAAUUUUGGAUGUGAAAGUUGAUCGUAUGGACUCGAGAAUAGAGUUCCAGAUGGAUAAAAAACAGUGAG